AUGAUGAAGAGCAGAGAGAGAAAAACAGGGGACAAAAAACUGAUCAAAGUUACAUAUAUUUCAAGCCCAAUGAAGGUUAAGACAAAUGCUUCAAAUUUUAGAGCUCUUGUGCAAGAACUCACCGGACAAGACUCAAAUGUUGCGGAUACGUUCAUCACCAAUAAUGGUGCUGAUUAUGAAGAAAAUGUUUCGUCAACUCAAAAUCAACAAUGGAGGAUGGAUGAAUCCACUUUGUUGAAACCUGAUUACAAUGAAUUUCUCUCAAGAUCCUUGAUGGAGCCACUAAACGAACACUUUCAAUUUCAUCAUGAGUUGUUAAGCUUUGAUGAUAUCAUGCCUUAG